AUGUCGGUGGGCUUGAUCAGCUCCCAAAUCCUCUCUACACUAACUGGAACACAUUUUGUGUUUUGGAUCACCAUGGACCAUAAACUAGCAGCAACAACUGAAGGACAACCUAUAAGAUGUAAAGCUGCGAUUUGUCGCAAGCCAGGUUCUCCACUGAGUAUUGAGGAGAUCAUUGUGGCACCUCCAAUGCCUCGUGAAGCUCGGAUUCGUGUUAUAUGCACCUCUCUCUGUCAUACCGAUGUCCCUCCUGCAGUUUAUCCAAGAAUCUUGGGUCAUGAGGCUGUUGGGGUUGUGGAAAGCGUAGGAGAGGAUGUAACUGAAGUUACAAAAGGAGAUGUGGUUGUCCCAAUUUUCUUAUCUGAUUGUGGGGAGUGUAUAGAUUGCAAAUCAAGCAAGAGCAAUCUUUGUUCAAAGUUUCCUUUCGAGUUGUCUCCUUGGAUGCCUAGAUAUGCCACAUCAAGAUUCAAGGAUUUAAAUGGAGAGAUCAUACACCAUUUCUUGUCUGUUUCUAGUUUUAGUGAGUACACUGUGGUUGACAUUGCCCAUCUAACCAAGAUUGAUCAAGCAAUACCACCCAACAGGGCAUGCCUACUUACUUGUGGUAUAUCAGCUGGGAUCGGUGCUGCUUGGAUAGCAGCAGGUGUGGAGCCAGGCUCUACAAUUGCUAUUUUUGGGCUGGGAAGUAUUGGAUUAGCUGUUGCUGAGGGAGCUAGACUUUGUGGAGCAACUAAGAUUAUAGGUGUGGAUGUCAACCCAGAAAAAUAUGAAAUUGGAAAAAAGUUUGGACUCACUGACUUUGUCCAAUCUGGAGAAAGUGGAGAAAAAUCUGCGAGCCAGGUUAUCAUAGAGAUGACUGGUGGGGGAGCAGAUUAUUGCUUUGAAUGUGUUGGUAUGGCAUCAUUGAUGAAUGAAGCAUAUGCUUCUUGUAGAAAGGGUUGGGGGAAAACUAUAGUUCUGGGAGUGGACAAGCCAGGAUCCAAGUUGAACCUUAGCUGUAGUGAGGUACUGGUUAGUGGGAAGAGCCUCAGGGGAUGCUUAUUUGGAGGACUAAAACCCAAGUCUCAUGUUCCCAUUCUCCUUAAACGCUACAUGGACAAGGAGCUGAAUUUGGAUGAGUUUGUCACACAUGAGAUGGAGUUCAAGGACAUCAACAAAGCUUUUGAUUUAUUGAUUGAAGGACAGUGUCUUCGAUGUGUGAUUUGGAUGGACAAAUGA